AUGUCAAAAUAAACGAGCUUUCAAGAACAGCCAGAAUCGCAGAAAUCCUCGUAAAUCGUCCUAAAGCUUGAGUCUCGAUAUUGACUCUUCUGGAGCUGGGUGCAUUAAUUUGCCAAAGGACUGUAAUCUCAUCACAAACGUUAUUGUGUGCAUUGUUUUACCCAGUGCGGUGCGUGAUUUAGUGAAAGUGUUCUACGCCCUGUUCAGUGCGAGAAAAUUAGCACUCUCCGUAGUAUCUGUUAUCAGUGCGUGCAAAAAAAAAGUUUCACACAAUGCUAAUGCUAAUUAGUUGAAGCUAUCUUCGGAGACGUGAUGUGUAGUCCCUGUGUAAACGCCUGUGAAAACGGACUGCAAAGAGUUUUCUCCAUGUUCACAUGUGUUGCUUUUCAUCUGCGGUGAAAUCAUUGUGCUUGGAGCAAAUUUCCCUAAGGAUACCGAAGAAGGGCAUCGCGUGAACAGAAACAACAAAAGGACACUUGUGCUUUGUGACGAAUCUCGAUCCUGCCAAAUAAAAGUGAACUCAUCCUCCCUGGCGGCAACAGCUCAAACGGAUUCAAAAACAUGAUUGAUUUUACGGACGAUCUGGAAAACUGGAUGGGGCGACUGCCGGCAGAACUGAAGGCAGUACCCAUCAUCCAUUUGGCCAUUCCCGGGUCCCAUGACGCGAUGUCGUACGGCAUCAAAAACAAAGCACCGGUCGCACCGGAUGCAGAUCCGAUCGUUGGAACGCUCAACAAGUUCAUUCCCUGCGUCGUGCGGCGGUGGGCCGUAACGCAGCGGUACAACAUGCUCGAACAGCUCAAGGCAGGCGUACGGUACUUUGAUUUGCGGAUCUGCAUGAAGCGACCCGAGAACAAGUUUUACUUUGUGCACGGUUUGUUCUGCGAAGAAAUCUCGGAACCGCUCGACCAGCUGAAAGAGUUCCUGCGCACACACCCGAAGGAGUUUGUCGUGCUGGACUGUCAGCACUUCUAUUCGUUCAACCCGACCGAUCACUGCGUCCUGUCGGCGGAGCUGAACCGUAUCUUCGACCGAAAGAUAUACUCGCGCAACGUAAGCGAGCUGAAGGAGUGUACGCUCGAAUCGGCGACCGGCAAUGGCAAGCAGGUGCUGAUCGUGUACCGUAGCGAUGCGUGCGUUAACGAGCGCUUUUGGCUGAGCCAGGAUUGGCCCACACCCUGGCCGAACGAGAUCAACGUGAAGAAGCUGCAGCAGUAUCUGGACGAUUCGUUGGCCCUGCGGCGCCCCGACACCGGGUUCGUGUCCCAGUGCGUGCUCACGCCCACGGUGCGCUACAUCGUGCCUCGGUUCAUGUCGUCGUUGCGGUCCACCUGCGCGAAGGUGGUCGACCGGCAGCUGAUGGACUGGAUCAGGGGUCAAAUGCCGGGCAGUUUCGCUGGCGAAGAAAAGCCCCGCACCAAUGUGUUUCUGGCCGACUUUAUCGACAUAGCAGACAAUCAGUUUUGUAAGGUGGUGGUCGGACUGAAUAGGAAGCUGCUGGAGCAGGAGAACAACAGCACGCACAGCUCACCGUCGAAGAAGAGUUCGUAAAAAGCGGGAGGGCUCCAGCUUUAACGAUCGAUGGUGGUUCUUUGGUGCGCGACACGGUUUUGUCGUUAGGAUUUUUAGGUUUUUAAUUUCAUCAGCUUUAAGGAUUUCUCUUUUUGUUCUACUGUGAUAUUAAUACUUAUUCUGUCGAUCUCGGUUUCGAUGUGAAAUUUAAUUUCCUCCUAACAAACGGCAACACACACACUAAAUUUAGUUUAGGUUCUUAAAAAUCUAUACUUUCAAACUCGGCGCUGCACGUACAUCCGGUAAGCUGGACUACUGGACAGCACGUGUGGACGUGUGAUGCUCCCUGGUUUUACUUCUCUCGGUUUAUUUAUAGAGUCAAAAAAGGCAUCCGUACUUCCAAAAGCACUUGAAGCAAAAUGAAAGCCGAAACAAUCGUUUUACUCAGUGGCAAAGGACAAUCGUCAGUGGCAAAUGGUACAAUACAUACUAAUGAUAAUCAGUUCAACAACGUACAUACAUAACCAGUUUUUUGCACAAAAUCUGCACUUUACUGUAAGCGAGGUACCGAAGCCAUCGUAUGGAGAGGGUAAUACAAAAAUGUAGUGUAACGCGUAAGGCAAGACAAAGCCAAUAUAUUCUUACAUGUUGUUAUUUACAUUCAUGUUUAAAUCGCCAGUAACCGGAACGCCGGAAUUAAAAGAAUGGUUUCAACACACUUUAACAUUCUGAUUCCGAAUACCUCCAUCAUCACACCCACAUGCGUGUAACUACAGUUGCAAGAGUAAAGCAAGCAGGAAGGUGUCUAAAUGUGUAUAAUACACAAACUGGAUGAUGCAUAAUCUCCAACAUAGUAGAUGUCGUUAAUGGCGGGCGUGUGUUAAGAGCAUUAAGAGUCGGGGAAAGUGGAUAGUUAAGCAACAGUCAUCUUACCUUUGUUUGAUAGAGAAAUGCUAUAAUGUGACAACUACCUUACUCAAACGGGACUAAACUGAACAAUGUAUACACAUCAACGGGACAGGGGCCUACAAGAAAGCAAAGCGAAACGAAAGGAUAAUCAAUCAAUCGACGCUACCUGAAGCGCCUCUUUGGAACAUUUAACCGUGUUAACUUUCGACACAGGGUGUUGUUAGUGAGCGCUGGGUAGCAUCUUAGCCAAAACUAGAGGGUUCUUUAAUAAAACAUUCACUACUUCCCGUCCAACUCUACUGUAGCGAGACCGGACAGUUCGCGUCUCGGUGGACAGUUUAGGCAUAGUCGGAUUACAAUUGGAUUGCAGCAGCAGCAGCAGCAGCAUAUAACGUAUAUUAUCAAUAUGUAUUAUUGUACAUGAUUGUGGUGUAGCUAGUUUUACCUGACUGAUCUAUUUUGAUAGCAACUCAACAAUCAAACUCAACAAUCAUCACCACACAAGCGCACACUUUCGUAGCAUUUAUGGACACGGUUGAGAUAGAGUUGAGAGAGAGAGAGAGAGAGAGAGAUGUGUACGACAUGUUGCGACAUGUGACUGACAAAAAAUACAAAAACGUGUUUAGUGUGUUAUCUUUAGCACCGGGGGAAAUGGGGGAGAAGGAAAGGAGAAGCAACGCAAGCGAGCAUGAUUAUAAUAGCCCACCUAUAUACAUACAUAUAUAUGCGAUAUAUAUUAGUAUUAUCUUGCACAAUUUGUUAAAAAAAGGUUAACUAACUCAAAAAAACAAAUGGCUCAAACGAUCGUGAAAGUAUGAUGCGGCUGUUCAGCAUCAUCUAUGUUGGAGGCACGAUACAGGUAAUAUAAAUAUAUACAUUACAUAUAUAGAUAUUUAACAAAAAAGAAAGAAAGAAACAAA